AUGUCGCGAUCCAACCGGCAGAAGGAGUACAAAUGCGGGGACCUGGUGUUCGCCAAGAUGAAGGGCUACCCACACUGGCCGGCCCGGAUUGAUGAGAUGCCGGAGGCUGCCGUGAAAUCAACAGCCAACAAAUACCAAGUCUUUUUUUUCGGGACCCACGAGACGGCAUUCCUGGGCCCCAAAGACCUCUUCCCUUACGAGGAGUCCAAGGAGAAGUUUGGCAAGCCCAACAAGAGGAAAGGGUUCAGCGAGGGGCUGUGGGAGAUCGAGAACAACCCCACCGUCAAGGCUUCUGGCUACCAGUCCUCCCAGAAAAAGAGCUGUGUGGAAGAGCCCGAAGCCGAGCCCGAAGCCACUGAGGGUGACGGCGACAAGAAGGGGAACGCGGAGGGAAGCAGCGAUGAGGAAGGGAAGCUAGUCAUUGACGAGCCAACCAAGGAGAAGAACGAGAAGGGAGCGCUGAAGAGGAGAGCGGGGGACCUGCUGGAGGACUCCCCCAAACGUCCUAAGGAAGCAGAAGACCCUGAAGGCGAGGAGAAGGAGGGGGCCGCCUUGGAGGGUGAGAGGCCCCUCCCACUGGAGGCAGAGAAGAACAGUACCCCGUCUGAGCCCGGCUCUGGCAGGGGGCCUCCUCCGGAGGAAGAAGAGGAGGAAGAAGAGGAAGAGGCUGCCAAGGAAGACUCGGAGGCCCCGGGGAUGAGAGAUCACGAGAGGUGA